AUGACUGACGAGGCAGCGGUCGAGGAGGAGGUGGCUGCCGGAGAGCCUGGCGCUGAGGAGGCAGCUGCCGCCGAGGCGAUGAUCAAGGUGGCCGCUGCCGAGGUGGUGGUCGAGGAAGAGGCCACUGCCGAAGUGACGGAAGCACUGGAUGCCGAGGCAGCAUCCACAGAGGCGCCAGCCGCUGAGGAGGCCGCCGAGGACAUCUCAGACGAUGAGGUCUCCGCCAUGGGAUUGCCGCAGGCUGCCUCGGUGGAAGUCUCUUCGGCCGCCUCUGCCGAGUGUACCUUGGUCGUUACCGCGCCUACCAAGCCGCCGCCGUCUGCCCCUCUUCGCCCGAGAGGCAUUGUGUUUCGCUCGCCUCCUCGGUCAUCGUUGCCGUUAUCCACGAUUGCUGUGAGUUUGGCCCCAGCAUCGUUGUCCCAGGAUUCGACGGUAGUGACCGAGCUUGCAGUGGUUGAGGCUGCAGCCACUGGUGCGCCGAGCCUACAGCCUGUCUCUUCGGCGGCCCUGACCGAGCUUGUGGUCGUAGACGUUCCUGGCGCUCCGUCCGCCGUUGAGAUGACCUCGGCCGAGGCUUUCCUGGAGUUCAGGUCGUGUUUGGACACGGCCAUGGCUAUGGGUCUGCUGGACUCGGCUCAACUGGAUGAGCUACAGGCACGUCUGGCCAAGGGUGAGGAGAUGAUCGGCCGAUAUGUUGAGGUCCACAUGAGGAUGACCGAGGAGUGCUCGCUCGAGCAAGAGCUGCUGGCGAAAAAAGAGCUAGUCCAGCCUACCAUGGCCAGCCUGAAGGAAAAUGACCUCGUUGUCCAGAGAGAGAACGAGGAACUUACACAAGUUGAGGCUUAG